AUGAAUCAAGAGUCUAACUCCACGUCUAGGCUCUCAGCGGCAAGGAUCGAGAAUGUUACCAUUCAUAAACAAGUUCGCGUUGGAUUAAUCUACUAUAAUGUUCCAAUCGAAUGGCAGUUUACGCCUUUCAACCAGAGUCGUAUGCCAUCUUUUCAAAUAUGGCUAACAAGUGACGACAAGGAUUUUAGAAACAAGAGUACAAUUGACUCUUCGACACUUGGUGGGAACAUGUUCAAAUACACAUUCCUACGCCUUCCACCAGACAAGAAUUACACUGCUCAUAUCGAGUGCUACACGUCGACGAAAAAUUUGAUAUCAUACGCGAACAUCACGUUUGGUGUAAAGCGAGAAAUCCUGAUUGAAGACGUGAUAUCAACAAAUAUCAGCGCUGCAGAUGGGUAUUUGUUCAUCCAUUGGGCAGUACCAGAGGAUUUGCGGUAUUCCUCUACACCUGUUUCAUUCGAUAUGACGGUUUGUAAUACGAAUUCGACUCCACAAGCAUGUACAAAUGGAGUAAAGACAAUGUGUAAAGCAAUAUACUAUUAUAACGGAUCCUCCUCCAGCGGUAGCAUUCAGUUAUAUGAAGAAAACUGGAAAAAAUAUGUUACUGGAGAACAUUCGGAUGUAAAUACAAGUAUGACCAGGCCCUUGCUGAAGUCUUGGGACAAACCUAGAUACGUAUUUGGGUGUGGUAUAUAUUUGGAAACAUGUAAAAAAGUUCGUUUCGUACAACCCCUAAAGUAUUAUGUGCGUAUUGGCGAUGGCAUAGUCGGAAAUCAAUAUGAAAAAGUAGUACUAAAUAAAGGUUUUUCAUCACCUGAACUGGGCGACGACUACGUUCAUUUUAUACAGACUAGAGAAAACCCAAACAGUAUUACCGCUGUAAUUCGUUUCCGUUUUAAUAUAAUUUGCACACGCAAUUCUGCACAGAAAUUCAGAUUUAUUCUGUCGACAUCAGGAGAGGACAUAUACAAGUACAGACCUCUCGGGUUUGCUCAGCACUCUCGGUAUAACAGAAAAUUGUACUGCCUAUAA